AGCAGGCGGAUCCCAUGUACCGGGGCAAUAGGUAACAUGGACGCAAGCUGCUCAGGACGUCAUGAAGGGAAGAGAUCAGCGUUCAGCUCUCGCUCGCUUCUUGUUGAGCAUAGCCAUGCUUCAGAAUGCUACGUGCUCCUUUGCCCCGGGAAACCCACCCAUCGCUUCUUCUCAUAUCCUGCUGGUUCGCCAUGCACAAAGAAUAGACUUUGUCGAACGUGACUGGAGCAGAGAUGCGGCGAACCCGUUCGAUCCUUAUCUGACCGUGGAGGGCAAAGCUGAGGCUACAAAGCUAGGUUUACACUUGCAGGACAGCGGGAUUACCAACGUCAUUUCCUCGCCCUUUAUUCGAGCUGUCUACACUGCCCAGUACGCUGCAACAAGGAUUGAGCAAUUGUUCAAUAUUGACGUAGAGCCAGGCGUCGGAGAGUUUCUUCAUCGUAGCUUCUUUCCUGAGGCGAUGGACAUUAAUUCUUUCUGGUCAACAUCUCAAACCUUGAAGCCGAUCUGCGCAUUCAUCAACGAGAAGUACAACCCGAUCCUGACUCCAAACUUUCCAGAGAGCAUCCAAGAGUUCAGACAACGAUGCACACAUGUGCUUGAGAGAAUCAUCGAGCGGUAUAAGGGGUCGAAAGUGAUGAUAGUGACGCACGCAUUUUUCAUCGAGGUAGCGCUGAAACAUCUACUCCCAGACCUCCAUGUUCCUGAAAUCCUCGAGUGUUCCAUCACAGAGAUUGUUCAGGAUGAAAGGACGGGCAUGUGGAGCAUUGCUCGUCUUGGCGAUAGAACCUACCUCGACGAGGAAUACGAUGAUUUCGACUCGGUCUUCGACGAGGUGGAUCCUUCCGCUUUGCAUCCUGAUUAG